AUGGAAAAGAAAUCAUCCGUCAGGUUUUCUGUGCACAAAGCUGAGGAACCGGCCUCUACAGAUGCAGCUUCAACUGCCACAACGGCGGCCACUUCUAAUAAUUUUGUUAAAAAACAGACGAGUUUUUCAACAAAAGUUCAAGAUGAACAUCAACCUAAAGCUCCAAUCAGAAUGUACCAAAUCAGUGAAUCAGAAACUCCUGAGCACAAUCAAAGAGCUCUCUAUGAGGAUGACACCGGAAAGAACGCCUUCGUGACGGAAGUCAUUCAAAAUUUGGUACACAGAGACGUGGAGGAAGAUGGCGGCGAUGACGCUGGUGCCGGCGACGACGAUAUCGAGGCUGCUAAAGCUUUAAAAAAACCAGCAAAGUGUUUCAAAUUUGGAAAAAAAGCUGCCCUCAAGAAGAAAAAUGCAAAAAAGUUAGGAACAGUUUUGGGCGUAUUCUUCCCAUGUGUGCAGAACAUCUUUGGCGUCAUCCUCUUCAUAAGAUUGGUCUGGGUGGCUGACAAACAAAACAAACGAAAAAAAUUCCAGACAUUAACAACUUCCAUAUCGAUGAGCGCCAUAGCGACGAAUGGCGAAGUUUCGGGAGGAGGGGUCUACUUCAUGAUAUCGCGGGCCCUGGGUCCUGAAUUUGGGGGUGCCGUGGGUAUCCUUUUUUACCUGGGCACUACGGUGGCCUCCUCCAUGUACACCGUCGGGGCUGUCGAAAUCUUACUGCAAUACAUGGCGCCAAAUAUGGCCAUCUUCGGGCCAGUAACCGACCCGAGCAGCGCCUACAACAGCUAUCGCGUGUACGGCUCGGCGCUUCUGUUCAUCAAAUUUUUGUGCGUGUUUGUCGGCGUGAAAUUCGUCAGUAAGCUGUCGCCUGUGGUUCUCUUCUGCGUUCUCUUCUCCAUCCUCUGCGUCUACAUCGGAAUAUUUGUGGCGAACCCCGAAAGGGGCCCUCAGGUCUGUUUCGUCGGUGACAGACUGCUAGCACUGAAGAAGAUAAAAAAUGUGACGACCGAGGAGGUUCGUUGCGACAAAUCACGUGACGGCUUCAUCUACGCCAUGUACUGUGAUUCGCCAGAAUACGAAGACAACGAUGAUUGGUGCAAAUAUCUCAACCAAUCAACAGUCGAGAUGAGGCCGGGAAUUCCCGGAUUAGCAAGCGGCGUUUUUCUUCGUAACAUAUGGAGCCAUUUUUCUGAGGAGGAGGGCACGAGGAUAGGUUCAAAGGUCAAAGGUGAUCGCAACAGGGGUGACAUCGUUACUGACAUCGCCACUUCAUUCGUUGUUCUCAUUGGAAUAUUCUUUCCGUCUGUCACUGGUAUCAUGGCGGGUUCGAACAGGUCAGGUGACCUGGCAGACGCUCAGAAAUCCAUCCCCGUUGGUACAAUAUCUGCUGUGCUGGCCACAUCAUUCGUCUAUAUUUCCUGCAUGCUCUUGUUUACAGCAACCAUUGAAGGACAGUUUCUGAGAGAUAAAUUUGGAGAAAGUAUGGGUGGUGGUCUGAUUGUUGCCCACCUGUCUUGGCCGAACCCCUGGGUCAUCAUGGUGGGGUCCUUCCUCUCUACGUGUGGGGCCGGACUUCAGAGUUUAGUUGGUGCCCCCCGACUCUUACAGGCCAUAGCGUCAGACGGCAUUCUACCCUUCCUGAACCCUUUUGCAGUUCUGAACAACGGGGAGCCAAAAAGGGCCCUUCUGCUGACAGGCUUCAUUGCUGAGUGUGGGGUGCUUCUAGCUAAUGUCGACUAUAUAGCACCUAUCAUUACUAUGUUUUUCCUGAUGUGUUACUGCUUCACGAACAUGGCUUGCGCUCUGCAAACCAUCUUAAAAAUUCCCAGCUGGCGACCAAGAUUUAAAUACUACCAUUGGUCAUUAUCAUUAUUUGGUGUCCUGCUAUGUUUGACUUUGAUGUUCAUGUCAAGUUGGUACUUUGCACUGGUGGCCAUAGCUCUGGCUGCUUUCUUAUACAAAUACAUCGAAUACAAGGGGGCGGAGAAAGAAUGGGGCGACGGAUUGACGGGCCUUUCAAUGUCCGCGGCCCGAUUUGCUCUACUGCGACUCGAGGAUAACGACCCCCACGUGAAAAACUGGCGGCCCCAACUCUUGGUACUUUGUACUGUCGAUGAAAAGUAUCAGCCCAAGUAUCCUAAUCUAAUCGAAUUUGCGGCUCAGCUGAAAGCUGGGAAAGGUCUGACGAUGUUGGUUACAGUUGUGGAAGGUUCUUGCGGCGUGGACUGCUCCAAGGCAGCUGAAGUUAAAAACUCCCUCAAAAAUUUCAUGAAGGUCUCAAAGAUAAAAGGAUUUGUCGAUGUUAUACUGGCCGAAGAUGUUCCUAAAUGUCUUACUUAUGUCGUGCAAGGAGCUGGGCUAGGUACACUGAGACACAAUACCGUCCUCAUGAACUUUCCUUCGAAAUGGCGGGAAAAUAUCACAGCUAAUAGGAAAUUUAUUGAUCUCAUCCGUCUGAUCAACAACAAAAAUUUGGCCCUCCUCGUAACGAGAAACAUCGAACAGUUUCCAAAUAGCAGCACGCCGAAGUUUAAAGGGACCAUCGACGUUUGGUGGGUGGUCCAUGAUGGAGGCCUUCUGAUGCUACUGCCCUUCUUACUGAUGCAGCAUAAAGUCUGGAAAAAUUGCAAAAUGAGAAUUUUCACUGUGGCUGAAAUGCAAGAUAAUAGCGUACAAAUCAAGAAAGACGUUGAAACCUUUCUAUACAAGCUAAGAAUGAAUGCCGAGGUUCAGGUCAUUGAGCUUCACUCACAAGACAUCAGUGCAUACGCAUACGAGCGUACGUUAAUCAUGGAGCAGAGGUCAGAGAUGCUCAAGCAGAUCAAAUCAGAUGCCAGUGCACAUAUUGACCCCCAGCAGAUAAUUGAUCUAAACCGGAAACAGGACUUUUUAAAAGUGCCGGAAAUAACCGCCAGUAAAGAAACAGCGAUGGACGGUACUCAGUAUACUUACAGUUCAUCUAGCGCUCACUUAUUAAAGGACAUGCUCAUCAACCAGAAGCCAAAGUCAAAGAACGUUCGAAAGAUGCACUCGGCCGUUCGUCUAAAUGAGAAUAUCAAGGAGAAAUCAUCAAUGGCCAAGCUCAUCAUCCUCAACCUCCCCCCGCCUCCUAAGCACCAAUCAGGAGAGGAGAAUUACAUGGAUUAUAUUGAAGUAUUGACCGACGGCCUCAAUCAGCUGGUCAUGAUCAGGGGAAGUGGCAAAGAAGUGAUCACCAUCUACUCCUAAGACUACUACUAUUAUUAUUAAUAAUCAUUAUUAUUAUUUAUUAUUAUUAUUCAUUAUUAGUAUUAUUAUGGAUUGAUCUAUUAUUAUUAUUAUUAAAGUUAUUAUCGUUCAUUAUUGAUAUGAUGAAGAGGUGCAGGCCGAUGAUAAGAUGGAUGAUGACGACGACGUUCGUGAUGAUAAUUCUAGGGUAUUUUUUAUCAAUAUUAU